UUUUCCAGUACGACUCUUAACUUUAGACUUCUCGGUAGGAAUUUCACAAAUCACAGUUUUUCUUUUUUAAAAAACGAAUAAAUCAAUUCCAACUAAUAUCUUCCGUACGAGAAAAAUAGCACACAAUUAUCCAGGACUCAAGAAAUUAAAAAAGUGUGAUUAUUUUCCAUUGAAAUAAGCGAAAUUUCCAGAGAGAAAUUUUUUACAAAGAAACCAAUUGCAUUUUUUUCUCAUCGACAAACGCACACACAACGAAAGCUGCAAACGCACAUACGUACGUACACAAACGUCCAAGAAACAAAAAAAAAAGUGAAGAAGAAAUCCAAAUUGUUUCUCUUGUCAACGUCUGCAAUUGACUUCCAUAAAUUAAAAUUUAAUGGAUUGUGGUGCAGCAUCUGCUGCUGGUAAGGAUGUUGGCACAGGAGCAAGCACAACUUUGUCAGUAGCAGGCAGUUCAUCAUCAUCUGUUGUUGGUGCGGUCGGCGGUGGCGGCGGCGGAGGUGCAGCAGUAGCAUCAGCCUCGAUUAGUGGUAGUGCUUCAUCUGUUACAGGAGCAGUGGGUGGGGCAACGGGAGUGGUUGCAACAGCUCAUGGCACAGCGUCGGUCAGGGGACAAGCACAAACAGCUGGUAGUUCUGCGGGAAAUGGCAGCAUUGUAAAUCGUCAGUCUCGUUUUGCCAUGGAGGGUGUUGGAGCCAGGGUAAUCCGUGGUCCCGAUUGGAAAUGGGGUAAACAGGAUGGUGGCGAGGGUCAUGUUGGCACCGUACGCAACUUCGAAUCAUCCGAAGAGGUUGUCGUUGUAUGGGACAACGGCACGGCUGCGAAUUAUCGUUGCGCCGGCGCUUACGAUUUACGCAUUUUGGACAGUGCCCCGACAGGCAUUAAACACGAUGGCACCAUGUGUGACACAUGUCGACAGCAGCCGAUUUUCGGCAUACGUUGGAAAUGUGCCGAAUGUGUCAACUAUGAUUUAUGUUCGAUUUGUUAUCAUGGUGAUAAACAUCAUUUGCGCCACCGUUUCUAUCGCAUAUCAACACCUGGUGGAGAACGUACCAUGUUGGAGCCCAGGCGUAAAUCGAAAAAAGUAGCUGUACGUGGUAUAUUUCCGGGAGCUCGGGUGGUACGUGGUGUCGACUGGCAAUGGGAGGAUCAGGAUGGUGGUGUUGGCCGUCGUGGCAAGGUGAAUGAAGUACAAGAUUGGUCCUCGGCCUCACCACGCUCCGCUGCCUAUGUGGUGUGGGAUAAUGGAGCCAAGAAUUUGUAUCGGGUUGGCUUUGAGGGCAUGGCUGAUUUGAAGGUCGUAAAUGAUGCCAAAGGUAAUACGGUUUAUCGUGACCACCUGCCAUUGCUGGGAGAAAAUGGUCCCGGCAAGGGACCUCAUGGCUUUCAAAUUGGUGACAAAGUCACCGUGGAUUUGGAUCUGGAAAUUGUGCAAUCUUUGCAACAUGGCCAUGGCGGUUGGACUGAUGGCAUGUUUGAGUGUCUUAACAACGUGGGCAUGGUUGUAGGCAUUGAUGAAGAUCAUGACAUUGUUGUUGGAUACAAUUCGGGCAACCGUUGGACCUUUAAUCCAGCCGUACUCACCAAGGUCUCAUCACCUAGUGCAGCUCCUCCUGAAUUUCAAGUGGGUGAUAUUGUUAAAAUCUGCUCAGAUGUCGAGAGCAUUAAACAAUUGCAAAGAGGCCAUGGUGAAUGGGCUGAUGCCAUGCAAUUAACACUGGGUAAGGUGGGAAGAGUGCAACAAGUAUAUCAUGACAAUGACCUCAAGGUGGAGGUGGGCAACACCUCAUGGACCUAUAAUCCGCUGGCUGUGACCAAGGUGGCCUCGGCAAAUGCUGCCGACGGCAGUUGUGUACCGGUAAUUUCCAGUGGUGAACGUCUAUCGGCCAUAUUAAAGAAAUUGUUUGAGCCAAGUGUUUCCGGUGAUGCCACCGAGGAAUUUGUGAAAGCGGCAGCCAACGGAUAUGCUGCCCGCUGCGAGGAGUAUUUGACAGGCAACAUACAAAAUGCCAGCAGCUCUUCGUCUCUGGCCGGAUCACAAAAUGGUGGAGCAGCUGGCAGCAGCAGUUCAGGUUCGGCGGCCAGCACAAUUGCCGAUGUCAAUGGGGUAUUUGCGGGCCACACAGCCCUCCAGGCUGCCAGCCAAAAUGGUCACAUUGAAGUCAUACAAGUUUUGCUACGCCACAAUGUUGAUGUGGAAAUUGAAGACAAAGAUGGUGAUAGGGCCGUACAUCAUGCGGCGUUUGGUGAUGAACCAGCUGUCAUAGAACUGCUCUCUAAAGCUGGAGCUGAUUUGAAUGCCCGCAACAAGCGUAGACAAACGGCCUUGCACAUUGCCGUCAACAAGGGUCACUUAAAUGUGGUGAAAACUUUGCUGAGUUUGGGUUCGCAUCCCAGUUUGCAGGAUUCCGAGGGUGACACACCCCUGCAUGAUGCCAUUUCCAAGGAAAAUGACGAAAUGUUAAGUUUAUUGCUCGACUACGGGGCUGAUAUCACCUUGACCAAUAACAAUGGCUUUAAUGCCUUGCAUCAUGCCUCUUUGAAGGGCAAUCCGAGUGCAAUGAAGAUCUUACUUACCAAAACCAAUCGCCCUUGGAUAGUGGAGGAGAAAAAGGAUGACGGCUAUACAGCCUUACAUUUGGCAGCUCUCAACAAUCAUGUUGAAAUUGCGGAAUUGCUGGUCCACAGUGGCAAAGCCAAUAUGGAUAGGCAAAAUGUUAACCUACAAACGGCCUUACAUUUGGCCGUCGAACGCCAACAUGUGCAAAUUGUCAAAUUAUUGGUACAGGAAGGAGCCAAUCUAAACAUUCCCGAUAAAGAUGGUGAUACGCCAUUGCACGAGGCCCUAAGACAUCACACUUUAUCCCAAUUGAAACAAUUGCAGGAUGUCGAAGGAUUUGGCAAACUGCUAAUGGGACUGCGUAAUCCCAACAACAAAAAGGCUUCGGCUUCAAUUGCAUGCUUUUUGGCUGCCAAUGGAGCUGAUUUGACGCUGAAGAAUCGUAAACUGCAAACUCCCUUGGAUUUGUGUCCCGAUCCGAAUCUCUGCAAAACUUUGGUUAAGUGUUAUAAUGAACGUAAAACUGAUGAUUCCGAAUUGCCGGGUAAUGUGGCUGGUACCAGCUCAAGAGCCAGGGCUGCGGGUAGCAGGCCCUUGUCGGCUGUUGAUACUAUUGGGGGUGUUGGUGGAGUCAGUGGAGGUGGUCUACAUGCAUCUUCGUCCACCCAAUUGCCGUUACAUGUUGUGGCCUCAGGCUCAAAUAAUACGGCGGCAGCUGCAUCAGGUGGUGGUGGCGGUGGUCUUAGCACAAUGCCCCAGGAUUUGUCGCAAUCUCUUAACUUUACAACUUCUACCACAAAUGCAAAUGAUGCCAGCAACAAUGCUUCCACAUUAGAUGAAUGCUUCCUAUGUUCCGAUUACAAAAGAGAUACGGUGUUUAAGCCCUGUGGUCAUGUCUGCUGUUGCGAUAAUUGUGCUCCGCGCGUUAAAAAAUGUCUUAUUUGCCGGGAAGCGGUCGCUUCACGUGAAAAAAUCGAUGAGUGUUUGGUAUGCUCUGAUCGUAGAGCUUCAGUAUUCUUUAAACCCUGUGGCCACAUGGUGGCCUGUGCCAACUGUUCGAGUCUCAUGAAGAAAUGUGUACUGUGUCGUACACAAAUUGAGGAAAUGAUGCCUUAUUCACUAUGCUGUGGCGGCGAAGGAAGCAUUGAGAAGGUUCAAAAUCACAAUAUCCAUCAUGAAAAUGAGAAACCGCAGAGCAGCAUAUUAGUUAGUGGCAUUAACACAUCGGGCCAUGGAGUGGCAAUGAACAACACGGUUACGACCACACCGAAUGGUUUGAAUGCCCAAGUCCAGUCGCAGAAUAAUUUACUGGCUGCUAGCAAUAAUGCCAACAGUGUUUUAAUGGCACCAUCUAACGUUAACAACUUCCAGGAUGAUGUGCAAAAAUUGAAACAACAGUUACAGGACAUUAAGGAACAGACCAUGUGUCCGGUUUGUUUUGAUCGCAUGAAGAAUAUGGUUUUCCUUUGCGGCCAUGGCACAUGUCAGAAUUGUGGCGAUCAAAUCGAUGGCUGUCCCAUUUGUCGUAAAACUGUGGAGAAACGUAUUUUAUUAUUUUAAAAUGACAAUAUUUUUAAACUCUUGUUUGUCUCUCUUACUCUCCUCUCUUAACCUGCCUUGUUCUCAUCCUAAUUUGCUGCAUUUCACAUUAUGAAAAAAAGAUAAAUUGGUAAAUAAUUCAAAAAUAUUUACUAAUAUUUGCCUUUAAUAAUUUUAUUUGCCUUAUUCCAUUUUGUUAUAUCCUGCCCAGUUUCGGGUGGGAUAUAUAUUUAUAUCCUUUCACACAUCCCCAUUUACAUUAGUACAUAUAAUUUAUAUAUGUAAUUAUACACUCGAUAUAUAUUAAAUCGCACUAAAAAAUAUUCACAAUUAUAUUUUAUAUUAAAAAAAUAAAAUUGAAAAAA